AUGAUGGCGAACAAAGACAGUCAGAACGAGUUCCGUUCGCUUACCGGCCAGAUGGAGGCUGCUGAGCCUGGUAGUAAUGGGACGAAUGCGACGGCGAGGAAGGCGGCGAGUGCACAGAACAGACAGACAUCGCAAGCGGGGACACCUCAGCCGCCAACACUGCGGAAGUCAUCUUUUACGAAUCUGGCUCCUCAGGUGUCGUCACCCCUUGCUCAAAGUCCGCGAACGUCACGAAACACGUCUCCGAUCAGGAAGGACCAACCACCCGCGAAGAAAGAUUCAUUAUCUACGAAGCCGUCAGCAGCAGCGAUACAGAGGGCUCUUUCGGCGUCGAGCGUGCCGCAUCUCCAGCAGCAGCAGCACCAAGGCAACAGCAUAUCAGAAGCCGUGUCAAAAUUGCCAGGUCGUGUGCACGCAACAGCUUCGGGUGAAUCCACACCGCAAUGGCCCAUCUCACCCCGGCUGAAGUCGCCACCACCUUCUGGACCAAGCUCAAGGAGAGGCUCUGCAGCUGCCCAAAAGAAGUCCGAACAAGGCAGCGCGCCAAGUAUACAGGUGCUUAGUGCGACUCCUCAGAACAACAACAUCACAAUGCAGUCCUCGAGUCGAACAGCAAGCUCGGAAGAUCGAAGACCGGAUCCACAACUUCAGCCACCACCUGCACCCAAAGCUUCGGCUAGAGGCCCAAGCGGAAAGUCGACACUGGCCACAGUACAAGAGAAUAGUGGAGAUUCUCAAGAACCGAGUCCUGCUGCUAUUCAGGCAGCUGUUGAUCCCACACCACUUACGAAGGUGACUGGCAAUGACGAUCGUUCUCCAAAGCGUGAAACGCCCGUCAAGGGAGAUGAACAGAGACCAACCGAAAGUGGUAGCGAAAGUACCGGUAACAAAAGCGAUACGAAUGUGCAAGGCAGGGAUCGCCAGCAUUCUGCGACGCACAAUGCCACCAGUCAAUCGCAACCACGACCGAAGAAUGCACCCGUGAAGAACAGCUACCCCCUAACAACUACGAAAUCGCGCCAAGGCGAUGGCAAGACUGGCGGCAUGACAGUCGAGACCGAGACGGUCCAAUCCAUUCCACAAUCAGGUCUUGCGCCAGCUGGAGAAGCAGCGAACCGCCUUCGUACCGAUAACAACGGAAGCAUCAGACUCAAGCCUAGUACCGAAACCAUACGACCGAAGAAGGAGCGUAAGAAGGAUUCACGUACGAAGCGCAGUGUCAACCAGGGAACAGCAACCUCGAAGGCCGACCUGUUUGAACGAAGAGUGGCGGACGCGGUAGACGAGGCCAACACCUCCGACUCUGACGAGACCUUUGUCUAUGAGUCGAAUCCCGUUGAGCCACAACGACGACAACGACACCAUUCGAGGACUCCAAGCGUGACUUCGGCGCACAGCAUGGCUGAUCAGCAGCGAAGCGCGAUCAGAGGGUUUGGAGAUGCAUUCGACGAUAGGCGAGUCGAGGGCAAACGAAGCAUGAAGUUCUCAAGCAGGACUCAUAACGAUUUUGAUAGUCCUGACAGCAAGGACGGGACUAUCAGAUCACAUACACCGCGACACAUUGGCAGGUAUGGGCGAGGCGGGCACCACUCGGCAUCUUAUGAUCAACAAACUUUUGGCGACCCACCCUAUACACAAGCAUCGAAGCUGCGACAAAAUCACGUACAGCGAUCUCGACCGAAUUCACCAAGGAGUCCUCAGAGUAUGCAGCUUCGACCAGGUGGCUUCCUGGCCGGUAACAGAAAGCAAGAGCAGCCAUACGACUUCGAACAGAACGCUGACGACGAGCGGACGCCUCUUGUCGGGACGGGUACUGUUCGUGGGCCUCGAGGUUAUGGCUACCGCAGCAUUCGACGACCCGGAAGCAGCAUGGCUCAUUCAUUCGAGGACUACGAAGAGCCUGAUUCACGCUGGCGAUGCUGCAGCGGCAAGGCUGGUGCUUGUCUACUGACCACCUUGCUGACAAUUGGCGUUGUUGUGACCGCCGUCUUCUUUGUUUUCGCGUCGAACAGACCUCUUUACGAUGUCGAGAUCCGUGAGAUCAAGAAUGUACUGGCAAGCGAACAGGAGCUGAUGCUGGAUCUGAAAGUCGGUGCUAUCAACCCGAACACCCUGGGCAUCAAUGUUGGUGAUAUGGAUGUCAAUGUCUUCGCCAAGAGCAAGCAUGUUGGCACUCAUAAGCCGGACAAGGACAAUGAUGUCUCUGGAAAGAGUCAACGGAGGAGGCGAAUUAGCUUAGAGCCAUCGGAUAAGAACGGCUCCAAGGAUAAGAACCCGAACCCAAUCCAGGAUCCGGAUGGUCACUGGCACGCUCCAGGAGAUGAUGAUGAUGACGACGACGACGGUUCAGAUAUCGAGAAGGAUGCGCAAACCAUGCUACUGGGGCGCAUUUUCAAGUUCGAUCAGGCGCUGAACUUUGUUGCUAGCCCCAUUAACCGUCACCUGCAUUACUCCACCGGUCAGCUACGCCUCAUGAAGCCCGGCAACAAGACCGAGACUGGCGGCAGUGAGAGGUGGGAGAAGGUGAUUCAGUAUCCCUUCGAGCUCGUCGUACGAGGAGUAUUGAAGUACCAGUUACCUAUCUCAUCCCGCUUACAGAGCGUGGCAGUGGGCGCCUCGGUCAUGGUGCAUCCGGAAGAAGGCAUCGACAAGAAGGGUAACAUGCGACUUGAGCCCAUCAGUCAUUCCGAGCACUGGCAGUGGGUCGAGUGGCCUGACCUGAUGGACGACCCAGAAGUCGACGAUCCCGAUGAGAGGAUAGAAGGGAAUAAGGUGGAGGAGAUCGCCUGA